AUGAUAGAUUUUAACAAACGAGCUUUUUGGCAUUUUACAUUAAAAGAUAUAUUAACUAUUAUAUCUUCAGUUGCUAUACCUAUAGCUCUUGCUAUUUAUUCUGCAAUUGGAUCUCAACAACAAAAACGAGAAGCUGAAAAAACACGACAGUUUGAUUUGGAACAAGCUGAAAAAUUAAGACAACGAACACUUUAUGAUGAGUUUUUAAAUAACAUUUAUAAAUUAGAUAAAGAUGAUUAUCUCAGCGAUACAAAAAAUCCAUGGGCAUUUGCAAAUGCAUAUUAUCGUGCUGCUCAUCGUCAAUGGGAUACAAUACGUAAAGCAGAUGUCUUACAAUUUCUGAAAGAAAAACAAUUAAUUGGUAGAAAUAAUUGUUCUAAUGGAUGUAGAACAACAAAUUUAAAUGAUAUAAUCCGCUUGAAUAAGUUAAACUUUGAUAAUGUACAUCUAGCAAGUGAAACUGGUGUGUUAAAUCAGUUGGAUUUAGAAUGUGUUUCUUUUGAUCAAGUAUCAAUGUCAAAUGCAGUAUUUUCAUUUGCUAGUUUAAAUGGUGUAUCAUUUGAUGGAGGGCGGUUAGAUAAGGUGAAGUUUGAUGACUCAUCUCUACUUUGUGCUAGUUUUAAUGGUGUAAAUCUAUCGGGAGUAGAUUUUGGAAACUCAGAUCUGGCAGGUGCACACUUUUCAAAUACUGAUUUGUCAGGAGCUAAAAUAACGGAAGAUCAAAUAAAACAGGCAUAUUUCCAUAAUGUAACUAUGCCAAACGGAGUGAAGCGUGAAACUAUAUCCUCAACGACGACAAAAAAACCUAUAAUCCAAACAACAACAACAACGAUAAAAACAAAAAUGUCGACAACCACAUCAUCAUCAACAACAACAACGACAAUGAUGACGACAACGACGUCAACAAAAACGUCAACAACAACAACAACAUCAGCAUCAACAUCAACAACAACGUCAACGUCAACAACAUCAACAACAACGUUAACAACAACAACAACAACAACGACAUCAUCAAUAAUAGAUUACGUCUUUACACCGUCACCAGCUAGUUGUAAUAACAUUUUGACAACAAGCUGUACGACAACAACGACUAUUAUUGCUAGCUGUCAGAGUUAUGAAGUAUCAUGGAAUAAUCAUUGUUAUUAUCUUGAUGGGUCAAGUGGCAGUUGUAUCGCUGGUUACAGCCGAGCAACGAGUGCUGUUUUGCCGUGCAUAAGUUCACAGUUUGUUGGAAAGACGUAUCGAAGUACGAUAUCGGAUAAUUGUUGUGUCUGGACGGCAGCUACAUAUGUAUGUUUUGGGCUCAAUUCCAAUUGUAAUUCAGCAGAACCUUUUACUUCAGGACCAGCCCUAGGUGGUGGUGGUGGAGGAUCUGAUUUGAAAGCACAAGAAUGUGGGUCGAAACGUGAAAAAUCUAGGGGUAGUGCUCGUGUAAGAUUAGAAAUUUGUGCAACAGAUCAAGUUUGUAAGAUGGCAUGUGAACAAGAUAUAACAUGUUGGGUAUGGUCAUUUUCACUUUCAUUAAAAAAAUCCUGA